AUUCAAAAAAACAGCAGCGGUUGGAGAGGAGGGAAGAGAGGGGACACAAUGGUCAUAUUUUGAAUUCACAAGCAUUAAUAAUAAUCAUAUUCUGUAUCUGAAAAAGCUACUCUUUGACAGCUCUCUUCCGUCCCCAUUUUCUCAUCUCUCUAGAGAGUCCUCAUCUUUCUAGUGAGAGAAACACUCGCCGGAGCUCACAUGGCCGGUUAUUUCGGAGUCCUUGUUUCCGAUCCAUGGCUCCAGAAUCAGUUCACUCAGGUCGAGCUUCGAAGUCUAAGAACUUACUUUUCGACGUUGAAGAGAGAAAGUGGAGGCCUAACACUUGCGGAUUUGCCAUCGAAGAUGUCGAGAAUGAAACAAAUCGGAGAGAAUUUGACGGAAGAAGAUAUCGCUCUGUUUCUGAACCAGUCGUAUAAGAGCUUGCAGGAUAACGUUGAUUUUGAACUCUUUCUUCGGGUUUAUUUGAACCUCCAAUCACAUGCAGCUACGAAAACAGGAGUUGGAGCAAAAAAUUCAUCAGCAUUCCUAAAAUCCCCGACUUCUACCCUGCUUCACACCAUUAGUGAAUCUGAAAAAUCGUCUUAUGUUGCACAUAUCAAUCAUUACCUUGGCGAAGAUGAGUUUCUAAAGAAGUACCUGCCAUUAAAUCCUUCGACUAAUGACAUUUUUGAGCUUGCCAAGGAUGGAGUUCUCAUUUGCAAGCUUAUAAAUGUGGCUGUUCCGGGCACAAUUGAUGAAAGGGCAAUUAACACAAAAAGAACCCUCAAUCCAUGGGAAAGAAAUGAAAAUCACACUCUUUGCCUCAACUCGGCGAAGGCAAUCGGUUGUACUCUAGUCAACAUUGGGACUCAAGACUUCAUUGAAGGAAGGAGGCAUCUUGUGCUAGGAGUUAUAUCUCAAAUUAUCAAGAUACAAUUAUUAGCGGACCUCAAUCUAAAGAAAACACCUCAAUUGGUGGAGUUGGUUGAUGAUAGCAAGGAUAUGGAGGAGCUAAUGAGCCUGGCACCGGAAAAGAUUUUGCUUAGGUGGAUGAAUUUUCAGCUAAAAAAAGCAGCAUACAUGAAAACAGUGACAAACUUUUCUUCUGAUGUCAAGGAUGGUGUUGCCUAUGCUCACUUAUUAAAUGUUCUUGCUCCUGAGCACAGUAAUCCAUCAGCAUUGAAUGCCAAAGAUCCUUUACAAAGAGCAAAGUUAGUUCUUGAGCAUGCUGACAGAAUGGGUUGCAAAAGAUAUUUAACAGCUAAAGAUAUUGUCGAAGGUUCUCCUAAUCUCAACCUUGCAUUUGUGGCACAUAUAUUCCAGCACAGGAAUGGACUCUCAACUCAAACAAAACAAAUAUCAUUCCUUGAGGUUUCACCAGAUGACGCCCAGAUAUCUAGAGAAGAGAGUGCAUUUCGCUUCUGGAUAAAUAGUUUUGGGCAUUCAACCUAUAUCAACAAUGUCUUUGAAGACCUUAGAAAUGGGUGGGUACUCCUUGAAACCCUUGAUAAGGUGUCACCAGGGAUAGUUAAUUGGAAGAUGGCAACUAAGCCCCCUAUCAAGCUGCCAUUCAGAAAAGUAGAAAAUUGUAACCAAGUAGUCAAAAUCGGAAAACAGUUGAAGUUUUCACUGGUUAAUAUUGCUGGAAAUGAUAUUGUGCAGGGAAAUAAGAAAUUGAUACUGGCUUACAUGUGGCAGCUUAUGCGAUGUAACAUGCUUCAACUUCUGAAGAACUUAAGAUUUCAUUCAAACGGAAAGGAAAUCAAUGAUGUGGACAUUUUAAAUUGGGCUAAUACCACAGUGAGAAAUUCAGGAACCCAGAGUUCUAUGAAGAAUUUCAAGGACAAAAGUCUAUCAGACGGCAUUUUCUUCCUUGAACUCCUUAGUGCUGUACAGCCUCGAGUAGUUAACUGGAGUCUUGUUACGAAAGGAGAAACAGAGGAGGAGAAGAAGAUGAAUGCAACCUACAUCAUUAGUAUUGCAAGGAAGCUUGGAUGUUCUAUAUUUUUGCUUCCUGAAGACAUUAUUGAGGUGAAUCAAAAGAUGAUCCUUACGCUUACAGCAAGCAUUAUGUAUUGGUUCCUGAACCAAUCAACCGAAGAAAGACCAUGUGUAUCAUCUGAUAGUGAGACCGGAAGCCUAUCGGAGACUAUCUCAAAUUCGACAAUGGAUGAUACCGCUUCCGAGUCAUCUACAGAUUAGUACUAUAUUGCAAUAUACAAGGAAAAAGAAAAUGGGAUUUUGUUUAUUUUGUGGAAUUGUCAUGGUUCUAUAAAUUCUAAAUCUAUUCAUUUUUCGUAGUGAAUAUAGCCUACUAGUACUUUGUAUCAUCAAAUGGAAUCCAUUUGUUCCUAAAUGCAGCUUUUGGUAAAGUAAAUGUAUAUGUGAAUAAUUGAGAGAUGUAAUUUGUACUUAAUUUGAUCCAAAUGCAUGUCUUUUUGUUUGUA